AUGAAAACCAAAGAAGAGCCGAUUCAGGUUGAGGACAACAAGCAACUAGAGAUUGUUGAGGAUGCUGGUAUCGAGUAUACCGAAUCACAAGACCUAGAAGACAUCGAACCCACUGAUGAAAACAUCUUUAACAUCAUUGAAAGACUCUCAAGUGAGGAUUGGAAGGAAAACUUUUAUGGAUUUGGCAAUUUAAGAAGCGUAUAUCAAUUCCAUCCAGAGGAAUUUAAGCAGUAUCUUCCUAAGUUUAAAGAGUUAAUUAAAGAAGGGGUCGAAAAUCUAAGGUCAAGCAUUUGUAGGAACUCUCUCAAUUUAACCAGUGAAAUAUACUCAACUCCCAAAGAUCUGAGUGAGAAGGAUGAAAAUGGAGACCUCACUCCAUAAUUAGAAUUCACAGCAGAGAUUCUUCCCAUUGUUUCAAAAAGAUUGGCGGAUGAUAAGGUGUUCUUGUCUUCUCGCGCCAAGACUGUAACUGAGUUGAUAGCUGCUAAUUGUACCCAUAGCAGAGAAGUUACUGAUGUCUUAUGUGAGUUAAGCCGAAGCAAGAGUUUUGUCAUUGCAUCUGAAGCCAAUAAUGCACUCAAAACCAGCUGCUCGCUUUUUGAUGAAAAACACAUCAGGAAUAAGGAUAAUCUAGACAAUCUGUUGAAAUCAGUAUCUACCCAUCUUGAGUCAAAGAGACAACCAUUCACUAAAAACUCAAAGCUCAUUCUGAAAUGCCUUAAAGACAAAAUUGGUGAAGCAGACUUGAAAUCAUUAGCAACAGAAGUGCUUCAAGACGAUUCUGAAGUAGAGCAAAUAAUGAAAGCAUUUAUUGUAAAGAAGACUAAAGAUUCUAGCUCUGGUUUUAGAGCAUUCCUUAAGAACAAAAAGAAAACAAAGAAGGCAGACAAUGAACCAGAGAUAUCUUAAAGCAUGGGAUAGAUCAACUAAAAGCAUUUUAAGCCAGAUUUUCCCACUAAAAGUGAGAUGCAAUGCUUUCAAUU